AUGUGCAUAGUUUUCAUAUAUAAUGGAACAGAGGACGUCAAGAGUGACUACAGAUUUAUUUUAGUAGCAAAUAGAGAUGAAUAUUAUAAUCGGCCAGCACAACCUAUACACCCUUGGACGGAAAAUCCUAAUGUAUAUGGAGGACGUGACUUACAACCGGGAAGUGGUAAUGGAACAUGGAUGGCAAUAAAUCCAGUACUGAAGAAAUUAGGAUUAUUGCUCAAUUUACCUGGAUCCAAAAAAGGAAAUGUGCAAUCCAGAGGAAGAAUUGUGGCUGAUUUUGUCAAAAGCCAAUAUGAUACAAAAGAAUAUGUAGAAAUCAUCAGAGAUUAUGCAAAUGAGUGCAAUGACUUUAUAUUUAUCUCUUUAGAAUAUGGAGGUUCUGAACCUACAGUUAAUAGUUAUACAAAUGUAACUGAUAAAUUGGAACAAUGGAAUGAAACUUACUUAGGUUUUGGAAACAGUCUUCCUGACAAACCUUUGAAGAAGGUGGAAGCCGGUAAAGAACAAUUAAGGAAUAUAUGCAAUAAAUAUAGUAAAAUCACUGACAAAGCAGAGUUAAUCGAGGAAUUGACAAGGUUUUUAAAAAAUACAGAGAGGAAUCUGCCUGACUCUCAAUUGGAAAACAGACAGCCGAAUAUUUACAAAGAAUUGAGCUCCAUUUUUGUAAGCAUACCAAAAGCAAAAUAUGGUACAAGAGCUCACACAAUUUUACUUGUCACAAAAUCAGGUUAUGUUGAUUUAAUUGAAGUAAGCAUGAAAUCACCUAUAAAUGUUGAAGAUCCAUACUGGGAAAGGAAAGAAUAUCAAUUUGAUUUGAAUAACCAAAACCAUCUGUGA